CAAAAGCUGCAGAUAUGAAGUGUCUGUCUAAAGGAAAAACUUCAGGUGGAGGUGUUGUUGGCAGAUGCAGAGCUGGCCUUUGUCCAAUCAGACACUUCUAAUGACUUCACAUCACCAUGACAACUAAUGUGGAGGUGCUGGCUCAGCAGAUAUUGACCGCUGAGCAGGUUUCAGAGGUACACUCAUCUGCGUCAGACAGCUCAGUGAUGAGCUCCUCUCCCCAGCGCAUUCAGAUCAUCUCCACUGACCCCUCUGUCACAACCCCUCAGAGAAUACAGAUAGUCACUGAGCAGCAGACGGGUCAAAAAAUCCAGAUAGUGAUGGCACUGGACUCCACUGUGCCCAAACAGCAGUUUAUCCUGGCAGCACCUGAUGGCUCUUCAGCAGGCAAAGUCCUCCUGGCAUCACCUGAGGGUACUAGUGCCAAACAGCUUAUCUUUGCCACUGCUGAUAGCCUGGUGCCUGGCCGAAUUCAGUUUGUAACAGAUGCAGUUUCAGUGGAGAGGCUUCUGGGUAAAGGGGCAGACAUGAGCCGAGCACAGCCAAUAGAAUACUGCGUGGUGUGUGGAGAUAAAGCCUCAGGGAGGCAUUAUGGGGCGGUCAGCUGUGAAGGGUGUAAGGGGUUCUUCAAGCGAAGUGUGCGCAAGAGUCUGACAUACAGCUGCCGCAGUAACCAGGACUGUGUGGUGAACAAACACCAACGCAACCGCUGCCAGUUCUGUCGUCUCAGGAAGUGCUUGGAGAUGGGCAUGAAGAUGGAGUCUGUACAGAGUGAGAGGAAACCCAUUGAUCUUCCUAGAGAAAAACCUGCCAACUGUGCAGCAUCCACAGAGAAAAUCUACAUCAGGAAAGACCUGCGGAGUCCCUUCAUCGCAACACCAACCUUCAUCUCUGAGAAAGACGCCUCACGGUCCAGGCUGUUGGACUCUGGGAUGCUUGUCAAUAUCCAACAACCUUUAAUACAAGCUGAUGGCACAUUACUAUUAGCAACAGACAAAGCGGAGUCAGGACAAGGUGAUCUGGGGACGCUGGCUAAUGUGGUUUCAUCAUUAGCCAAUCUGAACGAUCCGGUUAGUAACGGAGAGCUGGAGGAGUCACCCAGUGAAAUCACACGUGCCUUUGACACGCUAGCUAAAGCUCUGAACCCCAGUGAGGUGGUGGAGGGCCAGAGCUUGUCAGAGGUGGAUGGGGUGGGUGGAGCUACAAUACAGGUGAUCAGCAGGGAUCAAAUCUCACCACUCAUAGAAGUUGAGGGACCUCUGCUUACUGACACACACAUCAGCUUUAAGUUGACGAUGCCAAGCCCAAUGCCCGAGUAUCUGAAUGUGCAUUAUAUCUGUGAGUCUGCAUCACGCCUGCUCUUCCUCUCCAUGCACUGGGCGCGCUCUAUUCCAGCCUUUCUUGCUCUCGGGCAGGAAUGUAACACAGCUCUGGUGCGAGUGUACUGGAAUGAGUUGUUUAUUCUGGGUCUGGCACAGUGCGCUCAGAUCAUGAGUCUGUCCACCAUCCUCGCUGCCAUCGUCAAUCAUCUGCAGUCCAGUAUCCAGGACGUAGACAAGCUAUCGAGUGAACGCAUUAAACUAGUCAUGGAGCACAUAUGGAAGCUGCAGGAGUUCUGCAACAGCAUGGCAAAGCUGCAGACAGACGGAUAUGAAUAUGCCUACCUAAAAGCCAUUGUCUUGUUCAGUCCAGAUCAUCCAGGUUUGAGUAGCUGUAGUCAAAUUGAAAAGUUCCAGGAAAAAGCGCAGAUGGAACUCCAGGACUAUGUGCAAAAGACUUAUCCCGAUGAUACCUACAGGUUGGCCCGAAUCCUGCUGCGUUUACCAGCGUUGCGGUUGAUGAGUUCCAGUAUAACUGAAGAGCUGUUUUUUACCGGCCUUAUUGGAAAUGUACCGAUCGACAGUAUCAUCCCAUAUAUCCUUAAAAUGGAGACUGCAGACUACAACAGCCAAAUCACAAGUCCCUCUGUGUGAUCGCACUUUGACUGUCAUUUCAUUUUGACCUUGAGACUGAAGUCAUGCAAGUCCCAUCAUCCCUUGCCCUCACGGGGACUCAAAUAUGUCACAAUAUAUUGAACCGACCAACAAGCUCUACCUCAAGAGGAGCUGCAACAGUGAAAGCCUUUCGGUAUGUGACCAUUACCCUAGAAAUAUUGUGUUGUAGUUUACAGAGAGAUGCAUUAUGGGACUUUCAGUUCCAAUGACAGGACAUUUGCCU